CAGGUGGUGUGCGCUCUUAAAGCGUGAAGUAGGCUAAUGUGUAGGAGGAUAGGUAGGUAGUUGUAGUGAAGUAAACGCUGUAUAGGUUAUUAAUUUAUCGUUUUUUUUGUUUUUCUUAUAUUUUUUUUGUUUUGGUUUUGGUUGCCAGUUUUGUGGUACGCGUCGUUACGUUUCCUUCACACCCAGCGGAGUCGCAGUGAGUGAAAUGAGCGUCGGGGUUCCCCCUUCUGAGCCAGACACUUUGUGCUUUACGGUCAGCGGUGAAUUAGACAACUGCUCCUUCAUCAUGCAGCUGCAGAAAAAAGACGGAAAAGCCCUACGUGUUGAUUAUAUUUCGCCGCCGGUAUAAGUGCGAAUGAGCGAAAGCCCUCCCCGACCGACGAGCUCUCACAUCCUGGAGCUGCCUCACUUCGUCCGCCGGGGUAGCACACAAUAUAUGUUGAUGACAUCUUUUGGAAGUCGUCGUGCCUUUUGUUUUCAUAUCAGGAUAUGUGAUAUGCGGAUCUGUGAACGCCACGAAACCCAAAUGAGCGGACGUUUUUUUCCGAUUUAAAAAUGAGGAAGCGAUUUCAUAGAGACCCAGAAAAUGGCAAGAAGGUCUCGUCGUCCGUGGGCCCGGAUUUGAGUAAAAUGAGAAGGAAAGAGGCAAAUGCAACAGCAGCAUGAUUUCGUUUUCUUUUUUUCCGCUUUUUUUCUUUUUUGAAUUCUUGCAGCAUGACACCAAAGGGGGUAAAACUGGAGGCAGAUGAGACGCAGCAUCAAUGAAGGCGAUCUGGACAAGUUUUGAGUCGCUCAUAAUGAACAGAAAUACUUUGCAGCUCGAUAUCAGAUCGUUUCCACAAUAUUGAAAGAUUGUUUUCGGCUUUGGUAGAUUUUCUAACUCACCAGUCACCUGUUUUUGCAUUGCAUCUGCUGUCUCUUUCAUUAUAUAUUUAUUUUUUUAUAUUUUUGAUCCGGAUUCAGCCCUGACUAUUCAAUGGAAGUAUGUUAUCAGCUGCCGGUUUUGCCUCUAGACAGGCCGGUUCCCAAGCAUGUCCUCAGCCGAAGGGGAGCCAUUAGUUUCAGCUCCAGCUCUUCUCUCUUCGGGGCUCCUGAUCCAAGGCAGCUGUCACAGAGACGAGGGGCCAUCUCCUACGACAGCUCUGACCAGACAGCGCUGUACAUUCGUAUGCUAGGAGAUGUGAGAGUGAGAAGUCAGGUUGGAUUUGAACCGGAACGUAGAAGCUCCCACCCGUACCUGUGCAUCGACUUCCGAACGCUUCACACGCGGCUGGGCUGUGGCUCCACGUCGGCCAGCUCUGAUCCUGAAAGGCGGGUCCACAGACUCCUCAGCUUCCAGAGAUACCUGCAUUCGUCCCGUCUGCUACGGGGCAUCCCCCAGCAGAUACCCCUCCACAUCCUCGAUGAAGAUUACACUGGACAGGCUAGAUGCAUGCUGGAAAAGGUCGGGAAUUGGAAUUUUGAUAUUUUCCUCUUCGAUAGGUUGACAAACGGAAACAGCCUGAUCACCCUGACUUUCCACCUGCUCAACCAGUAUGGCCUCGUGGAGCUCUUCCAGCUGGACAUGGUCAGACUCUGGAGGUUUUUGGUCAUGGUCCAGGAGGACUACCACAGCGACAACCCUUACCACAACGCUGUCCAUGCUGCAGAUGUCACACAGGCCAUGUACUGCUACCUGCGAGAGCCCAUGCUUGCCAAGUCUCUGACCUCCAAAGACAUCUUACUGGGACUCCUAGCAGCUGCCACCCAUGACCUGGGCCAUCCUGGGGUCAACCAGCCUUUCCUCAUCAAGACUGACCACUAUCUAGCCACACUCUAUAGAAAUACCUCAGUUCUGGAAAACCACCACUGGAAGUCAGCAAUGGGUCUGCUCAGAGAGACUGGGCUGUUCUCCCAUUUGCCUGCUGAGGACAGCCUGAACAUGGAGAGGGAUUUGGGCUCCUUAAUCCUGGCCACGGACAUCAGCAGACAGAACGACUACCUGUCCAGGUUUCGCUUGCACCUGGACCAGGAGAACCUGUGCUUGGGCAAUGCCAGCCAUCGUCAUUUCAUCCUGCAGAUGGCUCUGAAGUGUGCAGAUAUCUGUAACCCCUGCAGACCAUGGGAGCUGAGCAAACAGUGGAGUGAGAAAGUGACAGAGGAGUUCUUCCAGCAAGGAGACAUUGAGAAGAAGCACAAACUUGAAGUCAGCCCACUUUGUGACAGAGAGACAAACACGGUUGGCAACAUUCAAAUAGGUUUUAUGACAUACGUGGCUGAGCCGCUGUUUGCAGAGUGGGCCCGUUUCUGUGACACACGUCUGUCCCAGACCAUGCUGGGCCACUUGGGGCUGAACAAGGCCAGCUGGGGAGGCUUACAGCAGGAACAAACUCCAGCCUCUGAGGAGGCAGAGCCCAGCACGGCCUCCGCAGACACAGAAGACACCGCCACCGCGCAAAGUGACGGCAGCACAGCGACAACCGCAGGAGGAACCAGCUCCAAAGAAAUACCUCAGGGAAGCAGAGAAUCCUGA